GUGCUAUAAUUUAUAAUUACUGUAGAGCUUGAUCACUACUUACACAGUGCUUUUAGCAUGCUGCUUCGAGAGAGUUCUUGUAUGAGAAUAGAUGCAUAGAUUUAAACAAACUGUGACUCACUCAGUCAUAACAAAUACACAUGAAUUACGAAUGCAACAGCAACGCCGGGCGCAGAAAAUCAACGAACUGAGCUGUCUGACAGCCGCUGCGUGAUGACGUCACCGCGUCGACCAGCGCAGAGGAAAAAAAGAAAAAAAAGAGAGAGGUUGACAAAUCCGUGGAAAAAGUAUUGGGCCAGUGGCAAUGAAAAAAAGAGUGUAACGUUGAUCAGGCGGUCAUUCGGAGUGGUAUCAGCACAGCCCCGCGCUGUUUGGUUUCGGUUUUUGCUAGGACGCUGUCUGUGAAUGCUGAAGUAAACGAGUGUUUCAUUUUGUAAGGAUAGUGAGAGCGAAGGUAGGUGGGGGCCUGGUGGAUCGAGCGAAGGGAAACAACAUGGCUGCGGUGGAGCUGGAGUGGAUCCCGGAGACGCUGUAUAAUACUGCCAUUUCAGCUGUGGUAGACAACUACAGCCGAUCUCGCAGGGAGAUUCGCUCUCUUCCGGAGAACAUACAGUUUGAUGUGUAUUAUAAGCUUUACCAGCAAGGCAGGCUUUGCCAGCUGGGCGGUGAGUUCUGUGAACUUGAAGUCUUUGCGAAAGUGCUGCGUGCUUCUGACAAGAGACACCUUCUCCAUCACUGUUUCCAGGCAUUAAUGGAUCAUGGUGUGAAAGUGGCCUCUGUGCUGGCCAGCUCAUUCAGCCGCCGCUGCUCCUACAUUGCAGAGUCCGACCGACAUGUCAAAGAAAAGGCCGUCCAGUUCGGCUUUGUUUUAGGAGGGUUCCUGUCUGAUGCAGGCUGGUACGGAGAUGCAGAAAAGGUGUUUCUGUCGUGUCUGCAGUUGUGUACACUACAUGAUGAGGUGCUGCACUGGUACCGAGCUGUAGAGUGCUGUGUAAGGUUACUCCACGUACGCAAUGGCAACUGCAAAUACCAUUUAGGAGAAGAGACCUUUAAGCUAGCGCAGUCCUACAUGGACAAACUAGCCAAACACGGCCACCAGGCGAACAAGGCAGCGCUCUACGGGGAGUUGUGUGCGCUGCUCUUUGCAAAAAGCCACUAUGAUGAGGCUUAUAAAUGGUGUAUAGCAGCAAUGAAGGAGAUCACAGUUGGGUUACCAGUGAAAGUGGUGGUUGAUGUUUUAAGACAGGCUUCUAAGGCGUGUGUGGUGAAGCGUGAAUUCAGGAAAGCAGAGCAAUUGAUAAAACAUGCCGUCUAUUUAGCACGGGAACACUUUGGGCACAAACACCCCAAGUACUCCGACACGCUUCUCGACUAUGGGUUUUACUUGCUCAACGUAGAUAACAUCUGUCAGUCUGUUGCUAUUUACCAGACAGCGCUUGAUAUCCGGCAGUCAGUAUUUGGAGGCAAGAACAUCCAUGUAGCCACUGCACACGAAGACCUGGCGUAUUCUUCUUAUGUGCACCAGUACAGCUCUGGGAAAUUUGACAAUGCACUAUUUCAUGCUGAACGUGCCAUAGACAUCAUCACCCACAUCCUCCCUGAAGACCAUCUGCUGCUGGCUUCAUCCAAACGGGUCAAAGCACUCAUCCUGGAGGAGAUAGCAAUCGAUUGUCACAAUAAGGAAACAGAGCAGAGGCUUCUUCAGGAAGCACACGAUCUGCACCUCUCCUCACUGCAGCUCGCCAAAAAAGCUUUCGGGGAGUUCAAUGUCCAGACAGCAAAGCACUACGGGAACCUUGGCAGACUGUAUCAGUCCAUGAGGAAGUUCAAGGAAGCUGAAGAAAUGCACAUCAAAGCAAUUCAAAUCAAGGAGCAGCUGCUGGGUCAGGAGGACUAUGAAGUGGCGCUGUCCGUGGGACACCUUGCCUCCUUGUAUAACUACGACAUGAAUCAGUACGACGAUGCAGAGAAGCUCUACCUGAGAUCCAUAGCAAUCGGCAAGAAGCUGUUUGGAGAAGGAUACAGUGGACUGGAGUAUGAUUACAGGGGCCUCAUUAAACUCUACAACUCGGUUGGCAACUAUGAAAAAGUUUUUGAGUACCACAACAUUCUGUCCAGUUGGAACCGGCUGCGGGACAGGCAGUUUGCCGUGGCAGAUGCCCUUGAAGACGUCAACACCAGCACGCAGUCCACAGAAGAGGUGGUCCAGUCAUUCCUCUCGUCUCAGAAUCGUGUGGAAGGACCAAGCUGCUGAAGAGCACAGCUUACUGAACCCACUAAUCUCUCCCGAGCACAAAGGGGAGGCUUCAUACUGUGAAAUAACAAUAACAACAACAAACCAAAACCCAGUGGUUUGGAAACACUGAUCCUGACAUGUGGGGCAGCAUAGCGACUGAGCGGCUUCUGUCCUUAAACUUUAAUAAACUGUCUCCAUCAACACCAGCAGCAACGUAAUGAAACGCAGCUGUCAUUGCUGUGACUAUUACUGAGCAGAGACGCAACGUCAUCUCCAGAGGCAACCCGGAUUAUUUACCCCAAUCCCAGCUACUUUUCCAUCACAUUACACUUCUGCUCUUCUCUCUUUUUAUACCACUGUUCCAGACUCCUUGCAUCGCUUCAAGGAGAAAACAUCAUCCAAAGCCCAGCACACCUUUCAGGUCCAGUCCCCUCUUUACAAACGUACAUUCGUGUCCUUUCUACUUAACUGAAGUUUAGAUGCUGUGUAGACACUUAUACCAUGGGAAUCGAGUGUGAUAAUAUGAUAGAUGCAUACAGUGCAGUACAGCAGCAAAACCUGGGUAAAACAUUAGAGGUGAACAGACAAAAAUGCAGCCUUCCUAAAAAGAAGGCUAUGAGUUUGAAUGGGCGCUUCUCCCUGUUGUAGGGGAUUGGUGUGAAAGCCAUGCUAGUUGCAGUGUAGUGAGUCUUAUGCAUGAUGUUAGAAACGUACUGAUGCUUGGCACCUGUGGACCAGGGUUCGAAACACCUACUACUGUAUUAGAAAAAGAAAAAGAAAAAUGAUGAUGAUAAUAGUCAGCGUUGUCUCCGAUCCAUCACAAGCACUAAAAUGAAUUAUGAUGGGACCAGGAAAAAAAAAAAAAAAUCAAUUAAACUGGACCCUAUUCUAUUACUAUUGUACUCCAGUGAAUUUCUUUGGACUAGUGGCUCGCUUAUAAGAAGUAUUCCAAUGUUGGGUUCUUUGAUUUAGGUGCAUGGUAAAUGACAACAAGGACAAACAAAUCAUGCAAUAAGGUACUUGUGUUGUAUAACCUGCAACAAAGGUUAGGCAUUCCUACAUUGGUAGCGUAAAGCUAAGACACACGUUUUCUUUCUUUUAAUGUAUUUAUUUAAAGACACCUCAGCUUCUGCUCAGGCUUUAGACGUGCAACCCAGCAGUACGUUGUGGAGUUGGUCUGGUCUGUUACUUGCUGGACUUGUAUUUUAUGCUUAUACUGUAUCCAGAGAGGCUGCACAUUCCAGGUUUAAAUUGUUUGGGUUUCAGGUUCAUCCAUAACGUUCCACACUCGAGCUGGUAUUCAGUUCUACUAAAACUAAACUUCAAGUUCUGAAGUUACAAAACCAAUUUGACAAGCAGUCUUUGUCACGGACAUUGAGUAAGAUUACUUGCUGAGACGCUGGUCUAAUUUAUAGCUUUGUGUUUAGUAGGACUGGGACCUCCGGUUGUCUUUUUAAAGAAUGUGUCCCAGAGGAGUUCCAGACUAUGGGAGAGCUAAUGCGCUCGCAGUGGAACUGUUCCCUCGCUCUCCGAGCAGAAAGACUGGCUCUCAAGCCCUGGCCCACAGCAGUGCCAGGGCUGCAUUACUGUUACAGGGACCUGCUUUUCUUUCUGUAAACUCAGUGCA